UAACUGCAUUCAAAUCGUAGUCGCAGUGAUGAGGUCUCAGCGGAGUGUUCUACGAGUACAACUCAAAUCAAUUAUGCUGGUGAAACAACCUUUCGUCGUGGUUGCGACUGUAGGCCUAACUGUGCUGUUCCUGAGCAUUACCAAUUCUCACGCCGAGUGUUUGCUAAAUGUGUAUAGCAAUUUGCCCGUGAUAAUGAAAUCGGAUAAUGUCAAUCGGAUUAUGUACGCACAGGAGGAGGGCGUGAUCAAGAUGAAUGAAACGGAUGAGGUGGAGGUGCACUGCUUACAUGGCAUUUCUAUUCAAACGAAAUUAAACAGUGGGCCACAGAAUGUCAACACCGGUGGUAGCAAGCAAUUCAAAUGCUACAAAGGCUACAGAGUGCACUAUAGGAAUGCAAACGACAGCAUUUACAAGGAUGUGAACGUGAAUUCGGUGUAUCUUUCCUGCCAGGAUCCAUGGACGUUGACGCUUUACGAGAGCAGCACAAAAUUGCCAAAUUGCAAAUCGUACAUGAACUAUGCGAUGGGCCUCGCCGUGCCGAAUGUGAAAGACAUCAUAUCGGCGGGCAUGUGCUAUGAUCUGGACACACUCUCACUGAAGUAUGUCAAUUACUUGGCAUACCGACCUAAAUAUGAUGAAAUUAUUGAGCUGAACAGUUCGGCUUUGAGCAAAAAUCAAUUGAUUGUAAAUUUUAAAACCAAAUUAGGAAAUCUUAAUACAUAUUUUUCAUUUAUGAGUCAAGGCGAGUUCAGUAUGGAAUUGGAAAACGUAAAGGAAAAAGAGUCCAUAUUGGAAAAUUAUGAUUUCGAUUAUGUGAGCCUGUUGCAGGACGGUCCCCUUCAGGAUGAGUUUGCCGAAUUCACACACAUAUUCAACACAAUGUGGUGGCGCAAUUUGCGCAUUGGCAAUUGGCGUUUCUUCCUGGAUGCACUGGCCGCACGUUCUAGGGUGCUCUCGUACAGAGUUUAUGUGGGCACUUCGGGCCAAAUGCGACUCCCAGACACUUCGAAUGCUAAUAGAACUGCUGAAGGAAAUACUUUAACGGUGGAGGCCGGUAGUUUAGUUGUACAGCCACCAGCCUACAUUUGGUCAUAUUUGAAAUCGCUCAAAGACGAUGUGAAUGAAGACUUUGUUGUCAUCGCCUUUAACUCGCCAUAUUAUUAUUUGAAAAGUACGGCGAUAUUCUGUCAUGAUAUAUGCGACAAGAUUGAUUGGCUUAAGAAUAGCAAAUUUGGUCAUACCCGUUUGAUGCCAACCUUCGGUAUCACAUUCUGUUGCCGUCCAGAAGAAGUGGCACGCACCUUCAAGCAAUUUCCCUUGGAUUAGUACCGCAUCGUUUAGACAAUAUGAAAGAUAUAAUUAUAAUUAUAUAUUAUACAUGAGUGUGUAUUUAAAGUUAGCUUUAAUAAGUUUAUAAUAAAGACGCAUUGAAUGCGCGGAUUUAAAAUGAAAA